CCGCUAUCCUCCAACGCCCAGUCAGCUUCGGUACAUCUGCGAUGGACGAAGACCACUUCUUCCUUCUUCUAGGCGACUCCGCCCUGCCCAUCGGCUCCUUCGCCUUCUCCUCCGGCCUCGAGUCUUACGUUCAACAUGGGGUGAUGGCGUCAAAAUCACGAUUAUCAGCAACAAAUCUUGGUCACUUUUUGGAGCAAUCCCUUACUUCUACGACAUAUACAACUCUUCCAUUCGUCAAGGCCGCCUAUCAAAUCCCCGGUCAGGCGGCUGCGUUGGACGAUGAGUUCGAUGCAAUGCUGACUUGUCCUGUCGCAAGAAGAGCCAGUGUAAGUCAGGGAAAAGCACUUAUGACUAUCUGGGAUAAGGCACUGGCAGGUGCUUGUUCGGAGAUGGCGUCACCUUGUGCCGCAAACGUGGCGGAGUACAGAGCAGCUGUUCGCUCCGGAAAAGCUGAAGGUCAUCAUGGAGUUGCAUGGGGCGUGGUUACACGCGGAGCAAACAUUUCUAUUCAUCGCUCUUUGCACCUGUUUCUCGUGUCGCAAACGAAAGCCGUGUUAUCCGCCGCUGUCAGGUUGGGUGUCAUUGGUCCGUAUCAGGCCCAACUGAUUCUGGCAAGUCAGGAGACACGGAAAGUCAUAGCGAGGCUGGUUGAAGAGGGAGAAGGACUAGAAGUUGAGGAUGCUGGACAAACUUGGCCACUGUUGGACGUGUGGCAAGGAAGACACGAAGUGCUGUAUUCGAGAGUGUUCAACAGCUGAACCCCUCGCGCUGGUUUAGAUACCCACUUAUACCAAUCGCUUAUAUUUGGCAGCCCAUCUAGC